UACAGUACUCCCUUUCUUUUUCCUAUGAACCAUUUGCUUUUCUUCUUAGUUCUUACUUCCAUUGCUUUAGGCGGCAGAGAGAGAGGGGUUCGAGAAAUAAAUUCCAGUGGCUCCCUGCUUUGCCACAACACUCAUCAGUGGGGGUUGAGGUGGCUGCAUCAGCAAGGAAACACCUGUCCCCACCUCACCAGCGGGAGAGAAGCCCACGUCACUCCCAUAAAUGGAUGUGGAUAUCUCAGAUUCUCAUCACCCAAAUUGAUCCAGGAAGCCACGGGACGGCACGGAUCUUUGCCCCCUUUCCUGGACAACCUCUCCCCCUAAAAAACCAACAAAAAAAAUGAAAAAUGAGUGAGAAAAUGAGAUGACACGGCGAGGAGAAGAACAAAAAUAAAAAAUCUGGGAGUUGGGAGAGGAAGAACCGGACCAAAAAUCCAAUCUUUGUGGGAGAAAAAAUGGCGCUUUCAGGGGCGGGUGCAGUUUCUUAGCAUGUGAGUAAUGGCAGCUGCUGAAACAAGGGCUGCUUGGCAGCGUGCUGCUAACCGCUGCCGGGUUCAAGAGGACGCAAAGAGAGCUCCGAAACUCGGUUGCUGCCCGCCAUCUGGGCAACAGCAUGAGACCAACAAUGGAAAUCAAACAAAUCCGCAAGACUGCCAUAUCCCCAACUUUAUGCCUUUAAACUGGAAUGCAAUGAACUCCAAUCUGCCAAAAGAUACCCAAUGGUGGCUUCAGUUGCAGCCCAAUUUUGGGUGCCAGAAUGUGCUUGCUAGCGAGGACCUGAAUUAUAUGUGUGGGGAAGUUGAUGUAAAGAAAGUCGAAAGUUUCGCACCAGUGUCCAAACUUGAGGACAUCAAUCCUAAGAAAACAGCUGAUCCUUUUGAGCCCCCAUGGAUAGUUUCAACAGCUUUUAUGAAACAAACAUAUGAGACAGGUUUUGAAGAGCUCAAGAGUCUUCCUGCCUAUUCUGAAAUGACCCUCAAAUGCAGGGGAAGUGCCACCUAUCUUCAUGAGGACAAAGAACAUAUGGACUUCAAAACUUUUGAUCCUUUGUAUCCAAAGAAACCACAGACGGCAUGCUAUGAGAUGGAUGCACCUUGGCAAGAAAACAGGAAGUCUCGGCCAUGGUGGCAGGUAGCUGAAGCGGAUGGUUUGGCUUCCGUAGUUGCAGAAAGUGAAAUGCACAACGUAGGCAAAAAUGAGCUGCCAAGACCCACCCAACGUGCUCAUGGUUCAAAAUUGAACAACCAUGAAAACAAGGAUGAUUAUGGACCUUAUACUGGCAAAGAAUCACCUCCAGUGCAGUAUGACACUAUGCUGUGCAGCUAUAGCAUUUCAAGCACCAAUGAGACAAAUUCAUCUGAUGGUGGAGGCUGGCAACAUCAAAGAAAUGAUGCACGUGGGGGUACACAGGAUUCUUGUAGUUCUGAUGAUCGCACACCAGGCAGCAAGCCGACAUAUCGGAGUGCCGCUGAGAGGACCCAGUUGCUGGAUGCACUCCGCCAUUCACAAACACGCGCGAGGGAGGCUGAGAUGGCUGCCAAGAAAGCUUAUGAUGAGAAAGACCAUGUCAUCAAGCUAUUAUUCCGUCAGGCCUCUCAUCUCUUUGCGUGCAAGCAAUGGCUGAAAAUGCUGCAGCUGGAGAACAUAUGCCUCCAGCUCAGGUUGAAGGAACACCAGAUAGCAGCCAUGUUCCCUGAACUCCCCUGGAUCAUGCUCAAAGAAAAGGUGACGCCAGGGCAAGAAAGGAAGGAUGGAACAAGGAAGAAAGGAAGGAAGCAGAACAAGGACAGCCACUUGCGCAAGGCUGUCGUGUUUGCGGUCGGUGUAGGCAUCGUUGGUGCUGGACUGCUUCUCGGCUGGACUCUCGGGUGGCUCUUGCCCAGGUUGUAAGUUCCAUUAUCAUCUACCACCAUGGCUAGAUUAACGCCUAGCGCGCACUUCGAUCGAAUAGGUGAUAGAUAAAGCUUCAGGUAUGUGCUUCAUGAUGUUAGAAGAAUGAAGAUCAUAUUCUUGGAGCUCAUUCAUAUCUGUUCUGUUGUUGGUUUGGAAGCCUUGCUGAUGAUAUUUUCAUAUCUUCAUGUACAUAUAGGAUGAAUUUGCUGUAUAUAUUUUCAGAAACUGGGUGCUUCUGUAUGUUGCAUGCGUUUGCCCGAAUGUUGUACAUAUAUGGGGUCAGUGGUGGUGGAACUAGGGAAAAAAAUCCGUCGACAUCAACAAUGUAUUAAGUAUAAAACUUGUAUUUUCAGUUGCUGGAGUAGCCAGCUCUUGUUUGUAUAAUAAAAACUUGUAUUUUUAGUUGCUGGUUUAGACAGCUCUUGUUUGUAUUAUAAAGGCCUAGGCACGCUUGUGACACUAUGAAUUUCCAUUUGCCAAAUUGGUCUUUUUUCUUGUCAAA